AAAGCCUGAAAGAGGAAACUUACACUGACAGGAACAUUGACAACAAAACAAUUAUCCAAUGGUAAAACGGCCUGAGUAAAACUCUUAUUUAUCCACCAUCUUUGGGGUUAAUAUUGCCCAGCGGUGCAAAACGAACUGCACGGUGGUCAUGUGAUGUACACGGAAGUGUAACUCCUCCGCACCGCAGUUGUCAGUACCUUGCAGAGUUGUAGAACCGGUCUACACCGUUAACGUCUAAGUAGUAUAUUGAAACAGCUGGUUAAUGUAGCCUAGGUUAGUAGUCAGCUCGUAUCUAGUCGUCUCUGCGGUCAUGUUAUUGUUGAGUGUUAGCAGUGUAUGUCUGCUCCUAGCGACACUACAGGCGGUACAAUGUGACGCCGAAUUGAACACAUCUACAGGUGAGAAUACCGGACAACUCGGGAAGUAUUCGGUGCAGUUCGUGACUAACUCGUCCAACGGCACCGACCUAACCUAUGGCUUCGUCUCGUGCGGGGUGGCCGUUCUGUUUUACGGUUCUAACUUUGUCCCCGUGAAGAAGAUACCCACCGGAGACGGUCUGUUCUUCCAGUGGGUGCUGUGUGCAGCAGUCUGGAGCGUAUCUCUGGUGGUCAACAUUAUUCUGGGGUCUCCCACCUUCUGGCCGCUAGCCAUGCUGGGGGGGGCCAUCUGGGCUACAGGUAACAUCACGGUGGUCCCCAUAGUGAAAACCAUCGGUCUGGGUCUGGGCCUCCUCAUCUGGGCCUCUUUCAACCUCCUCAUUGGUUGGGCAAGCUCCAGGUUUGGCUGGUUUGGGAUCGAUGCUGAGGAAGUUUCUAACCCAACACUCAACUACUGUGGAGCAGGAUGCUGUCUGCUCAGUGCUGUGAUCUUCUUCUUUGUGAAGAGUGAUGUUCACAGUCAGACCUCCAGACCAGAAGAGGAGGAGCCACUACUCAUAGACGGCUGUUUAAAUUCAGAUGGUGGGACGUCGUCUGAUGACUCGUGGGUCGACACACUGAGACCGCGGACCAAACGACUGGUUGGUUCUCUCCUAGCUGUGGCAGCAGGUUUGUUGUACGGUACCUCUUUUGUUCCAGUUCUCUACAUUAAGAACCACGCAGCACAUCAUGACAGCCACUUCACCGGGGCAAGCCAGUUUGAUCUGGACUAUGUGUUUGCCCAGUUCAGUGGGAUAUUCCUGACCAGUACGGUCUACUUCCUGAUCUACUGCGCUGCCAUGAAGAACACACCUAGAGUCUACCCUAGAGCAAUACUACCUGGCUUUGUCUCUGGGGUGAUGUGGGGUAUUGCUACCUGCUGCUGGUUUCUGGCCAACACCUACCUGAGUGCUGUGGUCAGUUUCCCCAUAAUAACCACGGGUCCUGGUCUGAUUGCAGCUCUUUGGGGAGUGGUGGUCUUUAAGGAGGUUAAGGGUUGGUGUAACUUCCUCAUCCUGGGCAUGGCGUUCUCAUUGGUUCUCGCUGGAGCCCUGCUGACAGCCUUCUCCAAGGUGUGACACACCUGGUCUAAGGCGUUAUGACUUUCCGCCAGACACUCAGGGAACCAGGAUGAGGAUGGUUACUGUACUCCGAAAGGGAACUGUCUUUUAACUGAUACACUUUUCACCUAGUUUAACUAGAAAUUAUUUCCAUAGUCUCUUAAUAUUUUAAUGUUUGAUAAAAUUAUUUGUCUAUUUCCAUGAAUUCAUCUCAAAGGGAUACUAUUUUUUAUGAAGUUAUCUAAUGUGAUACCAGUGGAUGAAGAGGUUUAUUAACUGUAGAGUCAAUACUUCCUGUUGAUCUGGCCAUCCAAUGUACGGGACAUUGCAAGUCAACCUGCAAAGUAAACACUUGACUAAAUGACUAAACUAGAAAAAGGUACAUUUGUUGAAGAAAAUGUGUGGGCUUUCAGCUCUAUGAAAGGUUUUGUAGCCUACCAUAGCCAUUUGAUAUGUUGAAUAAUUAUAUAAAAGGCGUUGUUGGGU